AUGGCGGAUCAUUCUGUUGGUCCCGCCAGUUUCUGGACUCAAGCUAAUGCUCUGCUCAGGAAGAACUUGACUUAUCAGAAACGCAAUAUGAUGACGAACGUUCGCCUCAUUUUGUUCCCAUUUCUCCUGUGUUUGUUACUUGUACUCCUUCAAUCAUUGAUCAACAAUGAAUUGGACAAGCCCAAAUACAGAUGUGGUUGUACAUGUAUUGAUACUAAUGCAGAUGGUACCUGUGAAGAAGUCUGUGGAAUUCAAUAUUCAACUUUGGAACAAGCUGCCAGUUGCCCAAUUGAAAGCCCACCCGAAUGGCCUCCUUUGUUGCAAAUGCCAGCUCCCGAGUUUCGCGCUGUUAGAGCCAGUUUUAAUCCAUUUAUGGACUUACGGGACGAGUUGUGCAGGCGAACGGGGACGUGUCCGGCAACUGUACUUUUCACUGGAACUAAUCAAUCUCUUGGAGAAAUUCUGGUUGGAAGCAUGUUCACAAAUUCAUUCAAUCUCAAUUCCAACAAUGUUUCAGAUAGUUUAGCUUUUAAUGUGGUGGGCUCAAGCACGAUGAUUAAGGACAACAACUUUCUGGAGCCAGCUUUUGCUUCAAACCUUCCUUUGUAUAAUGUGCAACUUCAGUGCACAGGAAACUCUUCUCUUACUGUUUCUGUUCCUGUUAUGUCUGUUGAAAAGCCUAAAGAGGUUAUAUGUGUUCAAGGCUUACAUUUGUGGCGCAACAGUGCUUCUGAGGUCAACGAUGAGAUGUAUAAGGGAUUUCAUAAGGGAAAUUCAGAGGGGAAAGUUAAUGAAAUCCUUGCAGGUUUUGAUUUCUUAAACUCAAAUGCAAAUAGCUUUAAUGUUAGCGUUUGGUAUAAUUCAAGUAUCAGAAACGAAUCUGGAUAUUUUCCUCCGACAUUACUGCGUGUUCCACGCUCAGUGAAUCUAGCAACCAAUGCCUACCUUAAAAAUUUGGUCGGACCAGGAACAGAAAUUCCUUUCGAGUUUGUCAAAGAAAUGCCAAAGGCAGGAUCCAAGCUCAGGCUCGAUCUAUCCUCUUUGCUUGGCACUCUUUUCUUUACUUGGGUCGUUCUGCAGCUUUUCCCUGUUGUAUUGACAUCAUUGGUUUACGAGAAGCAACAGAAGCUGAGAAUCAUGAUGAAAAUGCAUGGCCUUGGCGACGGGCCUUAUUGGUUGAUCUCUUAUGCAUAUUUCUUUACAAUAUCUGCCAUUUACAUGCUAUGUUUUGUGGUAUUUGGCUCAGUUAUAGGGCUAAAAUUUUUCACAUUGAACGACUACAGCAUCCAAGUUGUGUUUUAUUUCCUCUAUAUAAACGUGCAAAUUUCUUUGGCUUUCUUAACUGCAGCAUGGUUCACAAAUGUAAAGACUGCUUCAGUCAUAGCUUACAUACUCGUAUUUGGAUCGGGGCUCUUAGGCGGCUUCCUUUUUCAUUUUUUUCUUGAAGACCCUUCAUUUCCAUAUGCCUGGAUUAUAGUAUUGGAGUUAUACCCUGGCUUUUCUCUGUAUCGUGGAUUAUACGAGUUUGCACAGUAUUCCUUCAUUGGAAACUUUAUGGGGACUGAUGGAAUGCGUUGGGGGAAGUUGAGUGACGAACUUAACGGGAUGCAAGAUGUGAUGAUUAUCAUGGUUGUAGAGUGGUUGUUGGUAUUGUUGGUUGCAUAUUAUCUAGAUCAAAUUUCAUCCUCUGGUGGUGGUAAAGCUCCUCUAUUUUUCUUGAGAAGGUUUCGGAAAAAGGCCGCUGCAUCGUUUCGGUUGCCAAGUUUGCGAAAACAAGGUUCUAAAGCCUUCGUUGAUAUGGAACAACCUGAUGUCGUUCAAGAGAGGGAGAAGGUUGAACAGUUAUUACUGGAACCAGAUACGAGUCAUGCCAUUGUGUGUGACAACCUCAAAAAGGUCUAUCCAGGAAGAGAUGGAAAUCCUGAGAAGUUUGCUGUAAAAGGUUUAUCUCUUGCUGUUCCUCGAGGGGAGUGUUUCGGCAUGCUCGGUCCAAAUGGUGCAGGGAAAACCUCAUUUAUCAGUAUGAUGAUUGGCCUCACAAAGCCGAGUGCUGGCACGGCGUUUGUCCAAGGUCUGGAUAUAUGGAACGAUAUGGAUAUGAUAUAUACUAACAUGGGUGUAUGUCCACAGCAUGACCUGCUAUGGGAACAACUCACAGGAAGAGAGCACCUACUCUUCUAUGGCAGACUGAAGAAUCUACGAGGCUCUGCGCUAACUGAAGCAGUGGAAGAGUCUUUAAAGGGUGUCAAUCUGUAUCACGGAGGAGUUGCUGAUAAACAAGCUGGGAAGUACAGUGGGGGAAUGAAGAGGAGGCUCAGUGUUGCUAUUUCACUAAUGGGAGACCCCAAAGUCGUUUACAUGGACGAACCGAGCACUGGGCUUGAUCCAGCUUCAAGAAACAGUUUAUGGAAUGUGGUGAAGCGCGCAAAGCGAGAUCGAGCUAUAAUUCUUACCACACAUUCCAUGGAGGAAGCAGAAGUCCUCUGCGACCGAUUGGGAAUCUUCGUAGAUGGAAGCUUGCAGUGCAUAGGAAAUCCUAAAGAGCUCAAAGGUAGAUAUGGAGGAUCUUAUAUAUUCACAAUGACUGUAUCUGCAAAUCAAGACGUUGAUGUCGAGAAUAUGGUGAAGCAUCUGUCUCCCAGUGCUAGUAAGAUCUACCACAUCUCUGGAACUCAGAAAUAUGAACUGCCCAAACACGAGGUCCGAAUUGCUGACGUGUUUCAAGCUGUGGAAAAUGCAAAGAGUAGGUUCACAGUCUUUGCUUGGAGUCUGGCUGACACAACAUUAGAGGAUGUCUUUAUUAAGGUUGCACGAGGAGCACAAUCGUUCGAUGUUCUUUCAUGA